CGAUAUCCAGCCGGAACGUUUUCUGUGUAACACGCCGCCUGGCAGUCAUGUUGCCGUUUAAGUCAGGACGCUCUCUGUUAGAGUAGUCAAAUUCAGUUUAAAAUAACUCAUUCAGUUAUUUAUAUAUCCAAGAAUACAUCAGUGUCAGAUUAUGUGUUGAAGGAAAGCGAGGUAUCCGUUGCAGUAUCGAUUUAUUUUGAGUUUGAGCCAUGGCCUCACUAUCAGAAGAGGUGCUGCUGGUAAUGAAAAAGGUUCGCCAGAGGAAGCAGGAUGGCACACUUUAUCUGAUGGCUGAACGUAUAGCCUGGGGUCCAGAGGGCAAAGACCGCUUCUCAGUCAGCCACUUGUAUGCAGAUAUUCGUUGUCAGAAGAUCAGCCCAGAUGGUAAAGCCAAAAUUCAGCUGCAGCUGGUGCUUCACACCGGCGACAGUACCACAUUCCACUUUUCCAAUGAGAGCAGUGCACUCAAAGACAGAGACGCUGCCAAGGAGCUGCUACAGCAGCUGCUGCCCAAGUUCAAGAAGAAAGCCAACAAGGAACUGGAGGAGAAAAACAGGAUGCUUCAAGAAGAUCCUGUGCUUUUCCAGUUGUAUAAAGAUCUCGUGGUGAGCCAGGUGAUCAGUGCGGAUGAAUUCUGGGCCAACCGGUUAGGAGACAUAAACAAUGCAGACCCCGCUUUAUUCAACAACAAACAGGAAGUCGGUAUAUCUGGAGCCUUUCUGGCAGACAUUAGACCUCAGACAGAUGGCUGCAAUGGCUUGAGAUAUAAUCUAACAGCUGACAUUAUUGAAUCCAUCUUCAGAACAUACCCUGCAGUGAAGCAGAAGUAUAAUGAAAAUGUGCCUCAUGACCUGACGGAGAAGGAGUUCUGGACCCGCUUUUUCCAGUCCCAUUAUUUUCACAGAGACCGCAUCAACACAGGAACACAGGAUAUCUUCUCAGAGUGUGCCAAACAGGAUGAACUGGGGUUAAAGUCUAUGGUGGUUCAAGGAGUGAGGAAUCCUUUGGUCGACCUCUUGUCUUUGGAGGAUAAAACGUUAGACGAGGGUUAUGGAGUUAGCACAACAUUGCCCUCAACUUCCAAUUCCAACAGGACUGUGAAAGAUAGCAGCAACUCUGCCAUAAUAAAGCGGUUCAACCAUCACAGUGCCAUGGUGCUGGCAGCAGGCUCGCGCAAGGGGGACAUACCAGCUGACCAAGCUAAUGAGACGAGCAGCACAGAUGGAAACUCAAGGGACUCUGACUUCUUCCAGCCUCCUGUAAAAAAGGUUAAAAUACAAGAAGCCAUAGAAUAUGAAGAUCUGCGACGGGAAAAGAAACCAAAAACGGUGCCGUUAAACCUCAAGAAGUCUGACAGGUAUGCUCAUGGUCCUGUGCCACUUCAGUCCCAACAAUAUAAGACUGGCCAGGAUAUCAUCAACUCGCUCAACUACAUCCGGCAUGAGAUGGUCAAUUAUAAACCCAACCUCACUCAGGUGUUGUGCAGUACAACAGCUAGUUCUGCCAUUGCAGCACUUUCUCCAGGUGGCGUCCUCAUGCAGGCAACAACACAGCAAGCCAUAAAUCAGAUGGUACCUACUGAUGUUCAAGGAGAGUUGAAGCAUCUUUAUGCAGCUGCUGGAGAGUUGUUGAGACACUUCUGGUCCUGUUUUCCUGUAAACACACCAUUUUUGGAGGAGAAGGUGUCGAAAAUGAAGUCAAACCUGGAGAGAUUUCAGAUGACCAAGCUUUGUCCUUUUCAAGAGAAGAUUCAGCGUCAGUACUUGAGUGCAAAUCUCACAGGGCAUUUGGAGGAGAUGUUUCAGACGGCCUAUAGCAAGUUCCACGUCUGGCAAACCCGGCGCAUGUUGAGGAAAACCUGAGGUCUGGUGGUUUGUCAAAGAGAGUACAUGGAACAUUACAGUAUAUGGACAAAUGACCUGAAAAGGUUCUCCAGACUGCUGUGAAGAGAGCACAAAUCACAGCCUGAUGGGACGAGAUUCACCGGGGCUUAACGAGGAUAUAGAUGGACGCUGCUACAUCCCAGACUGUUCCAACAGAGACUAACUGCAUCUGAGUCACGCAUAACUGUAUUUUAGUUUUUCUCUUUGUUUAUGUUUUCUCAAUGGUUGAGAGAUUGGUGCCUUCAAUGGUUAAAUGGGACUUUUAAAUUGGUGUAAUGUGACCAAAUGGAAAAUCAGAAAGGCACUCAGGACAGCAGGCUGAUGUGUGAAAUAUAAGCAGAAGACUGACAAUAUGUGUUUCAUCCGUGCACAGAGCAGAGAAAGAGCUUGGACAUACAAGGAUCCUCUAUGAGCACAGGGUCGAUUCUGAAGCGAAAGGUGAAGUGAAUAUAGCAAUACUGUAAAGACCUUUCACACUGAGUGCAUUAGUGUGCAUGUGUGUGUGUGUGUGGCUUAAAUCACACUCACUGGUUUGUAAUGUAUGCACCUUCUAUCUGCACUGAAGAUGAAAAAAUGUCACUGAAUUAAAGUGAGAUUUUGUUCAUGCCAAUGUUC